UAGGGCUUUGUAUAGGCCGCCGAGGGCAUAGACUCCGGGUCGCUUCCGACCGAUGCUGCACCUCUUUCGAGCUUGCAGUGAAGGACAGGCCCGUACUGCCAGCGGUUUCUCACGAGACGUACGGGAAAGACGCUUCGAGAAGCCUGGCGCGACGACAGUUCUCACGCCCAGCGACAGGAAGCCCUCCGUGACUCGAGUGCAAGACUGUUUACAAAACAAGGGAGGUGCGCCACAAGUUUCGCCCAAGAUGGACAUCUGCGGCGUCAUCGGAGAGUACGGAAAGUUCCAGAAGAACAUCUUCUGGUUCGGCCUCGUUCGAGGCACCUUCAUGGGUUUGCAUCUGGUCGUGUCCAGCUUCAUCGCGCCCGACCUCGACCACUGGUGCGCUGAUCCCGACCACGUGGUCUCGACCGGGAAUGCGACGACGACGUUGGACUCCUGGAGGUCCUCGAACCAGUCACGUGACUCCCGGUAUCCCGACGAAGGUGAUGGCUUGGAACGCAGCGCUUGUUCGAGGCGCCCGACGACGGUCACUGAUGGCCAGCUGGUCGUCACCGAAGGUGCCUUUGUCGCGUGCGAAACGUGGAACUACGGGAACAGCUUCUCGGGCUACACGCUGGUUCAAGAGUGGGACCUGGUGUGCGAGCGUGCAUGGAUGCGCUCCCUGGUGCAGAGCAGUGUCAUGACUGGCAUGCUGGUCGGCUGCUUCCUGUGCUCGGCCCUUGGAGACAGGCUGGGCCGCCGUCCCUUGCUCGUGGGCUCCUGCCUGCUCACCAACAUGGCGGGCCUGGUCACCGCAGUGGCGCCCUCUUUUGGCGUCUUUCUGGCGGCCCGCGUGGUGCUCGGAAUUUCGUUGGCCGUGAUGCAGACCGCCUCAUUCUGCCUCUUGGUGGAGGUCACUGGCCCCAAGCACCGUACACGGGCUGCGGUUGCCUUCACCCUGGGUUUCGCCCUCAGCCUCUUCCUGCUGCCGGCCACCGUGUGGGUGCUGAAGCACUGGCGUCACAUCCAGGUGGCCAUCACGCUGCCGUUCAUCGGCAUGCUGGUCUGGUCCUGGUACCUGCCGGAGUCGCCCCGGUGGCUGGUGGCCACUGACAGGAUGAACGAGGCCGCCGGCGUUGUCCUGCGUGCGGCCUCGGCCAACGGCAUCGAGAUCCAGGAAUUGGACUCAGCGCUCCGGCAACUGCGAAAGAAGAUAUUGCAGGAGAACGAAGAGGCCGAGAAGGUUCGCUACCUGGACCUCGUGAGACUGCCCACGAUCCGACGCUACAGUGUCAUCCUUGUCUACAGCUGCGUGUCCUGCGGUGCCGUGUACUAUGGCAUCCAGCUGUCCAUGACCAACCUGGGAGGUGACCCCUACGUGGGCUUCCUGCUCUCGGCAGUGGGCGAGGUGUCGGCCGUGGUCCUCUGCUACAGCACCGUCCGCUGGUUCCGCAGGCGUCGGGCGGUGCCGGCGCUGUACGCCGGAGCAGCGCUUUGCUCGCUCGGUCUGGGACUCAUCCCGCGAUCCCUGACGUGGCUCCGCCAGGCAGACGGCUUUGUGGGCAAGAUACUGUCCGGCGCCGUGUUCACCGUCACCUGGCUGUACGCGGCGGAGGUGUUCCCCACCGUGAUGCGCACCGUGGGGGUCGGUGCUUGCCUCAUGGGCAUACGGGUCGGCUCUGCUCUUGUGCCGUUUCUGCUGGAAACGAGGCGCUACGCGCACGAGUCGGUGCCCAUGACUGUCCUGGCGGCCAUGUACGGCCUUGCGGCUGCCCUGGUCCUGCUGCUUCCCGAGACGUUCCACGUGGCGUUACCGGACACUCUGCGAGAGACCCUGGAUCUGAAGAAGAGCAAAAAAGCCAAGCCACGCCCAUCGGCAGGGGAGCUGGUGGACUACGAAAGAGUACCCGCCGGAAACGGAGAGACCGAGGGUGAACCGUGACUCAGGACUCCGGUUAGAACACCCGGCUCACAGACAAAGUCACGAGCUCAAGCCCCACCGCAAGAAUUCUUGAAUCCACACCACCUUCGAAGCUCCGCUUCGAACUCUGGGCAGGCGGCUCGGGUAUACCUUCUUGUCGCCAAAGCCUCCGAGAUCGUGAAGUGCGCUGCCGGAUUUCGGGGGCCAUGUUGUCGGGAGGGGAAUCGACUGUCGCGCUACCGAUGAACGACCGCUAACGAGCCCAUAAUAGCGCAAACUCUGUUUCGAGCGCGAUCGAGUCAGAUAAGGGCGAUUGGUUCAUUUGCCCAGGCUGCGGAAGGGAGCCAAUCGCGGUCGCGAAAUUCGAUCCCCAUCUGGCUCGAUUGCGAUCGAAAGUGCUCGUGUGAGACCUGUACUAGAAACAGCACUAGGACUAGAGUGACGAACUGCUCGGUAACACCUGUCCUGUAUUUUCCUAGACGGUUUCUGUUUUCGCUGUCAUGACUUGCUUGAUUUUCGUUAUCUGACAAGAAUGUUCAUCUACCCAACACAGAGGUGGAGAUUGAUUUACCAUAGAUAAGAUAGAGGAGGCAUGCGCGGCGUGAAGUUUAAGAGCAGCAAUAUGUUAUGGCUUGCCCUAAUGCGAUAAGCAGGCGGCCCACGACACCGGGAACUCGUUUGAACAGCUACAAAUAGCAGCACUUCCGCUUGAAGACUCGGUAGCAGCUCAACAGAUGUUUCCAUUCCAUGUAUAUUACUACAUAUACAAUUCCACAGUCAGUACGAACGUUGUGCCUGCUUUGUCUACAGCGGAAAUGUUGUCGAAUAGACAAAUGUCUGAACACACAGCUAAAUUAGAUUUGUUGCAUUUCAAAAAAAAAAAAUGAAUCGACAGAUUGCAGCGAUUCUUUCGGUUCUGAAUUUAUCUACUGCAAUAGCAGCAGGCUCUCUCAGCGAACCCAGCAAUCUCGCUUGCUCCCGAAUUAUUGUCACACUAUAUCUUUUGACAAAUAAUUUAUUUGUUAAGCGCACAACGCCAUUUCUUGUCCGCCAAAGUGUUGCUUGCUAUGACUUCCGAAGUAAAGGCACAGACGCAGCUAUUCUCGGAACCUGCGAAACGCACAAAACCUCGCACAAAGAGCUAAAAUCAAGCUCCUUCCGCCAGCUCUAUACCGCUAUCUUAGGAGGAAAUGCCGCAUAAAUUACAAACACAGUCAAAACUUUGGGAGUACAUUUCAAUGAAUGUACCUUAUGGGGUGCUCGCACUGAGCAUCUGCAAGGUAAGAUUGCCCGUAUAGUUGAAAUCGUGAGAAAACUUUAGAAUUUAUUGCCUGUAAAAGCAAAGCUUACGUUGUACCACGCAUUAGCCGAAUCGAAAUUCAAAUGCUGCAUUUUGGUGUGGGGCAGUACAACACAGAUAAUCCUCAUGUAGCUCUCAGUUAUGCGGAAGAAUAGGCUUAGAGCCACUGCUGCCGUGCCUUACUGAACACAUCCUGAACCAUUGCUUACCGCCUAUCGCAUGAUGCGCUUAUCCAUCAUCUACCAUUACCGUCUUUUACAGCUAUGCAAAUCAGAUUGAACACGGCAUAUUAUUUUCAUCCAAAAUGGCCUAACCGCCACAUCAACAUUCACUACUACCCUACACGGCACCUCGAAUACUGGUCCAUGUCUCCAAGCUAAGCUCAACCUGCUUGAUAACAGAACGCUCUCGGAUAAAAAAAAAAAGUUGCUUGGACCAUGGCCUAUGCAUUCUUGCGUGCAAAAGGCCACAAAAGCCCUUCUGUAGUUUGUGAACACUGGAUUGUACGAACGCUUGUGACAGCGGAGAUUCUUCUGUGACUGUCUCUGCGAAUGACUUAUUUUUCUUUUCUCUCCUUAUCUAUUCUUUCCCUUUCCCCCUCCCCAAGUGUAGGGUAGCCAAUCGGGUGCGUCCUUGGUUAACCUCCCUACGUUUCCCUCUUCGUUUCUCUUUCUCUCUCACCCACGUACGAACAGCGGUUUUCAAACUCUAAAAUAUACAUUGCCUUCUUUACUGAACAAGUUUGACGUAUCUUACACUUCUGUCCGUGAAAUUUCUUACAACUCCCUUCGAAAUAUCUCGUUCAUUUGUCGUACAUUGCCCUGCCGCUAUUUCUUAUUAAAUGUCUACAAUGAGAUAUUGUAUUUAUUGUAUGGUUCAGUUUAUGCUACUCUCUGCGUUUUUUUUUUGUGUCUUGCUUGUAAAUAGCUUAGCCCUGUGCUGCCUGUUUGUGUGUGUACUGCUGUAGGUGUGUAAACAGGGAGGGGGGGGGGGAGCACCGUCAAGCUGCGACUUGGCGGCUUUUCUUGCCUUCUUCUCAGCCGUCCACCUAUGUAU